GCCCACCAGGUGUGCGUGGGUCUGUCGCCUGACGUAAUUGCGUCGACGCCAUUUUAGCCGGUCCCACUCCGCACUGGGCGUGGCGGCCAUUUUGUUUGGACUCCGGGCGAGAGUUGGCGGCAGGGGCUUGCGGUGGUACAGACGAGAGGCAGGAGAGGGCAGGCCGGGCGAGCAGGCGGACCAGCCGACCAGACAGCCCGCCAACAAUAACGAACUAACCUAGCAAUCGACCGCUUACGCAUCUAACCAACCGCCCACCAAGCUAACCCGAGCCCCUCUCCACCGUCAGUCAACUCAGCUUCGGCCGGCCCCCGGCCCGCCUGCCGCAGCCGUGGUGGCAGCCCCGGGAGGAGCACUGGCGUCCUUUUCCUUCGAUUACCGGGAUUUGAAGAUGGCUGCACCGUCAGCGCCGAAAGUUGUGCUAAAAAGCACCACCAAGAUGUCUCUAAAUGAGCGCUUUACUAAUAUGCUGAAGAACAAACAGCCGAUGCCAGUGAAUAUUCGGGCUUCGAUGCAGCAACAGCAGCAGCUAGCCAGUGCCAGAAACAGAAGACUGGCCCAGCAGAUGGAGAAUAGACCCUCUGUCCAGGCAGCAUUAAAACUUAAGCAGACUUUAUAUGCAAGUCCGGACAGUGGCUGUGGAAGGAUAUGUCCAAGCUGUGGCUGGGCGUCUGGAGGGCGGUGCCAUGCAACUAAGAGCUUAAAGCAGCGCCUGGGUAAGAGUAACAUCCAGGCACGGUUAGGCCGGCCCAUAGGGGCCCUGGCCAGGGGAGCGAUCGGAGGACGAGGCCUGCCCAUAAUCCAGAGAGGCUUACCCAGAGGAGGACUCCGUGGGGGACGAGCCACGAGAACCCUACUUAGGGGCGGGAUGUCGCUCCGAGGUCAAAACCUGCUCCGAGGCGGACGAGCCGUAGCUCCCCGAAUGGGCUUAAGAAGAGGUGGUGUCCGAGGUCGUGGAGGUCCUGGGAGAGGGGGCCUAGGGCGUGGAGCUAUGGGGCGUGGAGGACUCGGUGGUAGAGGUCGGGGUAUGAUAGGUCGGGGAAGAGGGGGCUUUGGAGGCCGAGGCCGUGGACGUGGACGAGGGAGAGGCGCCCUUGCUCGCCCUGUGCUCACCAAGGAGCAGCUAGACAACCAGUUGGAUGCAUACAUGUCGAAAACGAAGGGACACCUGGACGCCGAGCUGGAUGCCUACAUGGCGCAGACAGACCCUGAAGCCAAUGACUGAAGUCCGUCUGCCCUUCUGUGAAAGACUCUAGUUCAAGUUACCAGGCCGCAGAACCUCGAGGUGAACCCGACUGGCGCUGGAAGGACCUGUCACAACAGGCUGUGGACUUACUGCCACCAGUUUGUGCGUUUAGUGUGUUCCUUUCACGUUUUGAUACUAUGUUGUAUGAAAUCCUUUUUUCCCCUGACUUGGGUUUGGUUUUGUUUCAUUGUUUUGGGGUUGUUGUUUUUGUUUUUGUUUUCCCUUCACCCACACUUUUUUUUAAUAUGAGUAUGUCAGCCUUGUGGCUAGGUCACCCUCUGUCCACCUCUGCCUGCCCUCACCUGUCAUUGCUCUGACAUGCUAACAUUUCCUGAAAGGUCCCAAAAAGCCCAUCAAUGUUCCCUAAUGCCCAUGCUCCACGAGAUACACUUCCCUUCUGUCUACAUCACUACAAUAGGCCUCUUGGAAGUGUUCAGAAAACCAAGAGUUCAGGAAUGCCUUCCGCCACGUGCAUAUUGUAGUAGAGUAGGAACAUGGACCUAGUUACAGGGCCACAGAACGGGUCACACGUGAAAACAGCUGUGAUUUGACUAACUGCUACCAUGUACAUUGACACCGAUAACGUGUGCAGGGCUGGGUGUGCACUUCCUACCUAGAGUAAUAUUUAUAACCUGUCCUCUUGUCUUUGCCUCAUGUCCUAGGGGGUAUGUUGGGUUGGCUUCACACCUGCACUAGGGGGAAACGCCAUUGUUUAAGGGAUGGGGGUGGGAGAAAGAUGGUGGAUGCCUGCUGGGGAGGGGUCAGGAGAGACCCGCACUGAGGACUGUUACCCUUAAUGUUUAUCUCAGACCGGUUUGGGGUUUCUCCAUACCUUGGCUUUGUUUGACCCUAUUUCUCUUGAAGGUUUAAGUUCAGCCAUAUUCUGUCAACUGUUCCAGUUUCCGUGGAAUCUUGUAUUUCUGGUUUAUUAUAACGAGAAAUCGUUCUCUCAAAUCA